AUCAUUUACUUCAGUUUGAAUUUUUAUUCUUUUUAUGACCCUGUAAUCUCUUGAUUCGGGGUGGAGUCGGAUGACUGAAUGGAGCCGAGCGUUUACUGACUGGAUGCCCUUCCUGAUGCCUACAUGGAGUUUGCAGCAGAUAUUUUCUCUUUGCGCCCUGAUAGAGAAACAUCUCUCGCUGCCUAGGAUUGAACUUUCACUCACCUCUAGGUCACCAUGCCACUCUUACUUCAGUUUGAAAUUAUUGUGUGAAACUAAUAAGGAACGCCUGAUGUAAUGCUAGCAUGGGAAAUUGCUAAGUGUUUUCUUGGCUAAACACUGUGGGAUAAGAGAUGCUGCUUUUGUGACAUUGCUUGCUCCCACCCGCCAUCCCCCAGCAAUCUGAGUGCUGUUUUCAACCUUUGCACCUUGUAGACCAAGCAAGAAAAUAAUUAAGUAAUUAAAUUCCUGGAACUCAGGAAAAAUUUCCUGACAGCAAUUAAUGGAACAGCUUGCCUCCUGGAGUUGUGGAUGCUCCCUCACUGAAGAUGUUCAUGGAAUGAUUGGACAACCGUUUGACCUGGAUGCCUUAGGCAGGGGCUGGAGUAGAAGACCUCUGAGGUUCCUUUCAGCCCCGUGAUCCUCCCCUCCCCUCCUGCUCGCUGAACUUUUUGAUAAACUUUUGUUUGGAAUUGACCAGAAAUAUAAAUCUAAUUCCUUAAUGGGAUGUUUUAUCAAUGAGAGAUCUAUUUUGGGAUGGCUUGUGAAUUUAGCUGUGUUACGUUAGUUCCCACUGCAUAUUAUCACCCAAAGUUUCUAAAUUUGCACUAUUAACUGGGAUUAUGAAAUAAUUUCUUUGUAUAUUUGAAAACAUGAUGUAAGGUGAUGUUUUGUGCGUUUAUGACUUUCAUAAGAUUUUGGAAUAUUUAUUGUUUCAGAUUUAUUAAAAUAAAUAAUGAUAUGUACAACUUUAGAGUCACUGCCUGAUUAGUCUUGGCCAAGUGGAACCCUGUUUAACUGGUACUAGAAAUAAUAGGUGUAAUGGGUUUGUUCAGUAAGGUGAAUUUAAACUACUGUUGAUUUCUGGUGACUUAGGUUUAUAGCAGAGAUUAUUUCAUUUAUAUUCUCGAAACCAUGAUGUCAUCAAGUAUGUCAUUCCGCUCCAAUAUUUUAAAAAACAAAUCAUUCAGAAUCUCACAAGAUGACAAAAUCCUGUCGAUUUCUGGUGAACUCAUCCUUGAGCUUUCAGGCAGUUAUGAUAUUCAAUUAAAAUUGAUACACCUGAAAAACACCUGAAAAACUCCCUGGUAUGGUCAUUGGGAACCCAUUGCUGUAAUUUGUUGACUCUCGGCUGCUGAUUGGUUUCUGGGUACAAUGUAAGGAACUGCUUCUCACCUAUAAUCCCAUUAGGGCUCUGCUCCAGGAUCCCCUCCUCCCACCAAGGCCGGGCAGGCCUGUCAGGUCAAACAGAAACUACCCUUGAGCCCACAUUUCAGAUGGAGACUGCCACAAGAAGGGGCUAUUUUUCACAGCAGCACUGAUGCUGCCAAACAGCCUGCUGGGAGAUCAGAGCCUUCUUCAGAAGCUUUCAAAGACAGAGUAGUUCUGAGAGCUUUCUCCCUGGUUUUGUUACACCAUUUUUAAUGUACAUGUUUUACCUUGGGGGUAUUGUACAGUUUUUAUGAAUGUUGUACCAUGGGUGUUUUACUUGGUUUUUAUGGUCUAUUACAGCAAGAUAGAAAUGUGAGAAAUAAAUAGACCCUCUACAGGUUUAGUGGAAUGUGAUGAAUCAAUCUAUUAUCUUCCCUGUGUCUUUUGGCAGGUUUGGGCUAAAGUUAGUCGCUAACUUUGCCCCAGUCUAGAGAUGGAUUAAAAAUCUGAGGCAGGAAGCAGAAGACUUUGGCCCGGGGCAUCUGUAGCCCUCAGCCAAAUAAGUCCCACAGGUGUUUAGCGCAUUCCAGCACAUCGGAAAUGUUCCUAACACCUUUACUUCAUGUUCUGGCUAUUUGCAAUGUAUGUAGGAUCUAAAGAUAGAUGCCUCUUGCAUCAGUUCCCACCUGGUUAGCUUCAUGCAAUUUCCUACUCGUCAGAAUCCAUAUUUGGAAUUGGUUUCAUUCAAUCAAUUGUUCAUUUUUCCUUUUCUUUUGCUUCCACUAUGGAGAUACGGUAGUGUAGAUGAUCAACUACAUAGAUUUCCCUUCUGCUUUACAGAAAAAUUUAAAAUAAUUGAGGUUGCCUGUAAGUAGCGUUAGUAAUCAUGUGCAAAGAGAAGCCAGCAUGACCCAGAGAAUGGUAGGGCAUUCUAGGAGGGGCUGUCCAAGAAUGAGGACAUACUGGCCAGGCUGGAAUUCCCUGAAGCCAAGAGAAACCUGGCCAACCUGCUCUGAAACUGUUGAAUAUCUUUAUUAUCAGCAAGUAGAUGAAAGUCAAGCAAAAAGAAUGCAGACGUCAAAGGGGAUAAGAUCAGGAUCAUCCAGCAAAAACUUGUUCUUUAAGGUACAUCAGGAGGACUUCGACUCCUGAACAGAGUGCCUGGAGGAGACCCACCAUGGCACAGGUGUGUCAGCCUUCACUCCUAUUUGCAGCUUUUGUGCUCUAUAUAGCCUUCUUUGUAGCCAGAGUGGAAGGGGCAUCGUGUCCCGCUGCCAGGAUUAAUGUUUCCGAAGUUUGUGAAGAUGUAGAGAGCAUUGAUGUCAAAAUAUCUGCCAACCUUACUCACCUCGUUUGUGACAAUCUUCAGAAUCUCAGUCAUGUUAACACCACCUUUAUAGUUCAAGCCUUGGAAUUCACCCUGAGGAAAAAAUAUGACCUUCCAGUCAGUAUAGUCAGAGUCCUUCUAAAUCAAGUGGAUGGGGAAGAGCUGAUCAAUGCACUGGAGGAAUUUAAUGAAAAGAUUGUGAACUCUUCCUUAAUUUCCAAUCAAGCGAAAAGUGCCAUCAUGAGAGCUUUGUGGGAUGAGAAGCUAAGAAACGAAGAUUGCUUCAAUGAGACCGCCUUUGUGACAUCCUGGUUCCAGAAAAGACUUCGCCCUUUUAUCUCGGGAAUUUCACCAGAGAUGCUCCAGUGUCUUCACAAUGAGACCAUGCAGUGCGAGCAAUACCAGGCGAUUGUUAAAGGAUUAGAUGCAGAAUUUAUGAAGAUGAAUCAUCACAUCCAAUACGAAGUUUUCCACUCGUUCCAACUUCCUUAUUUAAGGGGACUGAAUGCUAGUGCCUCCUCUCUUCAAUGCUAUGCUUCAAACACCAAUUUUUGGGUGUUUCUAGAAGAGACCUUUCAGGGUUUUAUUGACUUCCUGACUUUGAAGGAUCUGGAAACUUUGAUUCCCUCCUCUGACCUCCAAAAGAUUGUGAAUACAGUUCCAGCAGAUGAUCUGGCUGAUCUGUUUUCUAGAGAGGGAUUCAUUGAUGAUGAUCCUUUCUUGACUGCUGUGUUAAAGAUCUAUAAUAAAACUGGUUUAUUUAUUGACAGACUUAACCAGAAAAAUAUUAUCGACAUUCUUCCAAACGGCACCAAGGUGGCUCUUUUGGCUGGGCUCUGGCCCAGCGUGGUUUCCAGCAGCCAAGAGACUGAGGUGUCCUUGUGGCUGGAUAGCCGCUUGGCUCAUUCCUUCAUGUUUCUUAAUGGUGACAUGUUGAAUGCUAGUGAGACCUUGAACACCAGCUGUGGGAUAUUCCAAAAAAUAGUGAACAAACUGAAUGAAAAUAUUGUGAUGUUCAAAGACAAGGAAAAAGAAAUGUACUUUUCCAUCAAAGCUUAUCUGACUGCAAGCAAAAGCAGACCCCGAUGCUACAAUCCCAGCAAUCCAGAGAGGUCCAGUUGGCUUGCGAUGUAUCUUGGGAAUUAUAUUCGUUAUAGCAGUGCCAGAGACAUGCGCUUAUUCACAAACAAAAGUGCUGCCAUAUUUCAAGAUCUUGCUUUUAACCAAAACAAUCUGGAGCUGAUCAAUAGAAAUAAAAUCCGUAAAGAUUUGGCAGAAAUGUAUGCUACAGCGUUAUUUACGGUUGACUCGGAUUUCAAUCUUGACCGCCUUCCAGAUCAACUCACUUGUUUUGCGCAACGCUCCACCUUGAUCUCUCGUCUGAGCCCUGCAGAGGCCUUGAGCUUCAUUGCCCGGGUCAACCAACAUUGCAGCUCUUCCAACCCAUCCGCCUCUGACCGCCAGCUUGCUCAUAGGCUUGUGGCUCAAGUCAAGACAUUUGAUAAACAGACCUUGAUAGCUUUGGGGCAGCAAGCAAUGGGGCUCACCAUGGGUCAAAUUUCAAAUCUAACACCACAAGACCUAGUAGAUCACAAGGUUUUGGAAUUACUUGGCCAGGUCAAGGGCUGGAACAGAGGACAAUCCCAGAUUCUGGUAAACAAGAUCCUGCUCAAUUACAAGCUGGACACAGUUGAGAAAUUUGUGCUUCUCGGUACCCUAGCAGAAGGCUUGCCGGGUAACAGUUUUGACACCAUGACAGUCAGUUUUGUAGUUAAGCUGGCCAAGAAUGUGAGCUUUCAGACAGCUUUCAGAAAAAGUCCUGAUCAUGUGAAGAAGGCCUUUGUCAGCAAGAUCCUCUCAAGCUCCUCCUCUCUUGAUGACAUCUUAAAUAAUGUUCCAGAUAAUUUAAUUGAAUUUGUUCCCAAUUCAUUGCUGGUGUUUGGAGGCCAGAUUCCAGAUCUCCACAAAAUCAACGAGAAACCGUGGUCUCCACAACAGGCAGCAGUCAUGUUUGGAGAUAUCUUCACCAGAAUUGAGAACUACACAAUGCUUUCUCCAUUCAUCUUGCAAGGCUUUCAGUGUGAUGUGGCAAGUAAACUGAUACCUGGGCAGCUCUCCUCCCUAGUCCAAGAAGUGAGGCGUCAAAAGGCCAAUUUGAGUGAAGAACAGCUAUCCUGCAUGGCCAGACUUCUCAUCAAAAGCAACCUGACCACAAAUCUCAGCAGAUACCCAGCGGAUGUUCUGCUUUUUUUCCUCGUUAGUAAAGUAGAACAUCAAAGCUGUGAAAUGUUUUACACUUUGGCUUCCCAAGGGAACCUAAGUUUAUUGGCCAAUGGAUCAUCCCAGCGGACCAGACUUUUGGAGAAUGCAUUGCAUUGUUUUGGAGUAAAAAAUACUUCACUCAGCAAAGAGCAGCUCCAAAAGCUGGGAGUCUUUGUGUGUGACAUGAAGCCACCCACCAUCACAGACUCCGACCUGGCAAUCCUGGAGAAUUUGAAAGAGUGUCCAGAUCUCACAGCUGCUCAGAUUACAGCCCUCAGGAUGCUCCUGGCCAGUGGGAACACCUUAUAUGGAUCUCCUGCCUCCUGGGAUGAAACAACCCUUGAAGACCUUGGGCCUCUUGCUUUCUACAUAAAUCACACGAUCUGGGAUUCCAUUAACAAGGAAGAAAGGAUGAUCUUCUUCAGAAAGGUGAUGGAUGGAUACAGCCAAAGAGCUUUUCCAAAGGCAAAAACAAUCCUCUUCUUAAAAUCGGUUGGAUCUAAGGCUGCUUCCGCUCCUAGAACUAAACGGGCAACUGAAACUUGCCGGUCUGCUCCCAUCACCAGCAGCAACCUAGAAGAUCCACUUUUCAUAAUUCGCUAUGACAGUGCCCAGCAGUUGGAUGCAUGCCUGAGUGAUGAAGUCGUGAAGGCCAACCUGGCUCUUCUGCUUGAACAGCCCCUCCCGAAUGACUACGUGGCCAUAGUUAAAAAGAAAUUAGACAAGAGCUACCCAGAUGGGAUUCCAGAAGAUCAGUUGAGAUUGCUUGGCUUCCUCUCACGUCAGUACAGCACAGAUGAGAUUGGCAGUUGGAACCUCACUUCCAGUGACACCCUGGCUGCUCUUCUGAAUCCAAACGAUGGUGCCUGGGAGAUGCCACAGCUCAGGCGGCUGGUUUCAAGAUAUAUGGAACUGGGAGGCUCACUCACUGGUCCCUUAUUGGACAUGCUGGGAGGCAAAUACCUGUGUUUUCUGGAUGAAGAAGAGCUGCAGGAAAUCAGCCCAGCAUCCAUUAGGAAUGCUGCGAAGUUAGAUAUUUCCACUUGUGCCCAAGAGAAGAAGGAUAUCCUGUACCAAAAGGCCCACACUGCAUUUGCCAACCAAGAAGAAACACGUGCCUAUUAUCCUCUUAUCCAGCCAUAUCUAGGAGGAGCUCCUGUUGAAGAGCUGAAAAAGCUGGCUAGAUCUCAUGUUGGAAUGGAUAUUGAUACUUUUAUUAAUUUAAAUCCGGAAGAAGUGAAGAAACUCCGUGUCCAGGAUGUGAAAGAUCUGCUUGGUGUUAAUUUGCCCGACUUGAAAGAAGUUGAAAACCACCCUUCUGUUGCCAUGUGGAUCAAGAACAACUUUCAGUCUGAACUGGAUUCCCUUGGAAUUGGCCUGGUUGGAGGCAGGGCGUCUGUGUUCUCCACUUCUAUGGGCAGCACUGUGUCAAGUAUAUCUCUUAGUACAAAAUCUGAUGAUGCAUUCACUGCCGCCUCCCCUGUUAUCCCAAUCAUGGAAUCAACCUUAUCUAGUCCAGGCAACAUCAAUGUUACUACCCCUAGCACUCGUUCUGCCUCCUUGGAUUUGAACCCAUUCAUUUCUAGAGAUGCUACUGAGUCCUAUUCAACUCCUGUCUUCAAAAUCACUCUUAUGACUAAUGAAAUCUCUCCUUCCAUUAACAAUACCCAGACAACUUUUUCUGAUACAAUGCCUAAAGAUGCUUUCCCCACCAAUAUCUCUGCCAGCGUUAGAGCUGAUACUAUGGAUGGGAGAAGAAAUGCACUUGUCCCCACUGAAAUUACAAUAGAUUCCAACAAUACCACCACCAACAGAACAGACUUUCCUGUAAGUGGAAUCCCAGCCCCUUUCAUUGCAAGAGGGGUCAAUGCAACGACUUCUAAUGAACAUAUUAUAAAUUCUAGCAAUGUUACCGGUAAUAGCACAGCCGCACCUUCCGUCCCCACAAAGUCCUCUGUUUCAGUCCCAACAGAAAUUGUAGUUCCCUCUUUGAACAUCACUGCUGCUUUCAAUGAAACCGGUGGCACACCAGUCCCUCCCAUCUCUGCCACCGAUUUCAGUAGCAGCACAGCCAGUAGAACAGUCCUUCCUUCUGUACCAACAGAUUCGGUCACUGUUGUCCCCACCACUUCCUUAAAUGUCACAGCUGUUUCAGAUGGAGCAUUAUUCCAUAGCCCUGCAAGAUAUCUCAACGCAACCGUCUUGAGUAAACUUGUAACAGAUUCUAACAAUAGCACAGUUAGUGCCCCAGUUGUUACUACCACUCCCUUAGAUUCCACCACAGUUGUUAUCUCCAAAACCAGAGCUAUUUCUUAUAAUGUUUCAGUAACUUCAAAUUAUACCAUCGAAGACACUCUUUUCCCUUAUAAUGCAACAAGUAGCAAUGCAAUCCCUUCUGUUGAAACAACAGUAGCUUCUGAUGGCAACACCACAAACAAUGACCCAGCAUUUCCUAGCCCUGUUAUAGUUGGAUAUGGAACUGAUGGUCUCAAUGUAACUGUUUCUCACUCGCCCUCUGUUGUCAUAAACUUCACUCUUGGUGCAAAUACAAGCACACCCAGAACUUACUUCACCUCUGUCAUGUCCAGUAUAACCAGAACAUCUUCUGAGCGGCUUUCAACACUGCCUAAGCACACACUGGCUACAAACCCAGCACUGGUCAGCAAAAAACCCAUAACAAUUACAGACAAACAGCCAACUGCAUCAAGUAAAAUGACUUUCCAUUCCCAAGAAACCUCUCCCAAGACAGCUAUUCCCCCACUAUCCUCCCCAAAUCGAACAACCUCAAAGGCAGCUACAGCUAUCCAGAGAAGCAGCAGCAGCAGCAGCAGCAGCAGCAGAGCAGAUCUACCAACAAAACCACCUUCGUAUCCAACUCCAAAUGGCUACAUUAAUGUGAAACCACUAAGUGCAUCAGCUUUAAGCACAUUACUCAGUUGGACAGUUCUGGCAGUGUCUCUCACCAUUGGAAUCCCAAUUCAGAAGUUUCUCUAAAAAUACGGUUAUCUCAACCCCACCUUAACAAUUAUUGGUGAUGGUAUCCGUAAUACUUUCAAAAUUCUACUGCAAAAGCCUCUUGGAAAGAUAUCAGCGCUACGUAGACUAUGUCUAAGUGGGCAGGUGUCAAACUUUAUAUAGAAAAUCAUUGCACCAUUAUUGCUUGAAGAUGAAACUGCAUUUAUUGUCCCUUUCCUGUGCCCUAAUUGGUUAUAUUAGUUGAACAUAAUAUGGUCAUAUUUCCAAUGCAUGGAGAUGCUACCUUUCCACUGGAGUUUCUCAGUUCUGAGUGGAAGCAACUUGAAAUUUAUUUUUUCAGCAUCUGUCUUGGCACCUGGAUUUUAGCAGCAGCAGCAAAACUAUUUGAUUCCCAGCAAAAAGAAGAAAAGGACUAUCGAUUCAGAUGGAUUUUCUAGAUGUACCAACUGACUGUAUCCUGAGUUGGAGACUGGCUUCAAUAAUUGCAGGCGGUCCUUGACUUAUGGCCACAAUUGAGCCCAAAAUCUCUGUUGUUAAGUGAGACAUUUGUGAAGUGAAUUUUGCCCCAUUUUAUGAUCUUUGUUGCCAUAAUU